CGAAGCGGGCACCAAAUUAUAACAGCCCUCGAUCUGACUUCCGGUUCCGCCGGGUGUGUAUAAAUUGGUGAUGCUGUGCUGUUACUCAUCACUCACUGCAGUAACAGCAGCAGCAGUAGCAGAAAAGAUGGCUAGGCUUGGCGUCAUCGUCUUGGUUGCCCUGCUCGCCGCCGCCGCCGCUCAAGCGCAAGGGUCCUACGGCAGUGGCUAUGCUGUUCCUGCAUUAAGCUUGGAGAGCGCCCCCGUGCCGCCGCCGAUCUCAAGCCCACCACCAGCCCAGACUCCACCACCACCGGCUUCAGCUCGGCCAAAGCUGAGGUUCGACUUCUACAAGCGGUCGUGCCCUUACGCCGAGGAAAUCGUCAGGGAGGCCGUGAGGAACGCCACCAAUGUCAACCCCGGCCUCGGCGCCGGCCUCAUCCGCAUGGCCUUCCAUGACUGCUUCGUCCAGGGCUGCGACGGCUCAGUUCUGCUCGACCCGACGCCGGCGAACCCGCGGCCGGAGAAGCUCAGCCCGGCAAACUUCCCCAGCCUGCGCGGCUUCGACGUGGUGGACGCGGCCAAGGCGGCGCUCGAGAAGGCCUGCCCGGGCGUCGUCUCCUGCGCCGACGUCGUCCAGUUCGCCGCCCGCGACGCCGCCUUCUUCCUUAGCGGCUCCAAGGUCUACUACAGCCUCCCCGGGGGACGCUUCGACGGCCGCGUGUCCUUCGAGAACGAGACGUUCACCUUCCUGCCACCGCCGUCCUUCAACCUCUCCGAGCUCAUCCAGAACUUCAAGGUCAAGGGCCUGAACGUCGACGACCUCGUCGUGCUCUCCGGCGCCCACACCAUCGGCCUCUCCCACUGCUCGUCCUUCCUCAGCAUCUCCACGCCGCCGUCCGACAUGAACCCUGGCCUCGCCACCGUACUCAAGAAGCAGUGCCCGGCCAAGCCCAAUUUCACCAACGACCCCACGGUGGUGCAGGACGUCGUCACCCCCGACAAGCUGGACAACCAGUACUACCGGAACGUGCUACAUCACAAGGUGCUGUUCAAGUCCGAUGCGGCCCUUCUCAACUCGACGGAGACGGCGAAGAAGGUGGCCGAGAACGCCUUGAUCCGUGGGAGGUGGGAGAGGAAGUUCGCCAAGGCGAUGCUGAAGAUGUCGCUCCUCGACAUCAAGACUGCCGCCAACGGAGAGAUCCGGAAGAAGUGCCACGUCGUCAACUAGUUCUUAGAUUUGUUUCCUCGUAAUAAGCACAAUUGCUUUGUUUGAUUUGAUUCUUCGUGUUGCAUCCAGAUAUCUGGUUGUUUUUUUGAUAUUGAGUUGGCAUAAGAUAUGAUGUACUCGAUUAGAGACCAGAUGAUUCAAUAAAUUAAGUUCCUACUAGCUA